ACGGUAGUUUGUACUACAUGGUCAACAAGUAACACCAUAGGCCCGGCGCUCACACCAGGUAGGGAUCAAAGGCAGGUGUGAUAAUUGUCAGAUAAUGGACUGCGAUAUCUCUCCUCAUCUGUGUCAGUAGUGGCGGUGUGUAGACUGGCUGUAACCGUCGUCCACGAUGCACCUGAUGAACUGCUCCAACAGGGUAGUUGGGGAGGGACUGAUGGAGGGGCAAGACUUCUCCCGCCAAAGGGUGUGUCAACGGGAAUGGCCACGCCUCAGUAUACUGUUGGGGUCACUCACCCUGGCGGCGGUGUUGCUUCUCAGCUUCAGUCCAGCCGUACGAUCCCUCCUCUACACCGACUACCCCUACAAACCACACCUUCCUGCAAUCUCCGCGUCAACUGAUCGUCCGCCCGGAUCUCUAACAGGGCAGGCGGGUAGAUACAGCCGCGAAGCAGCUGAAUGGGGUGACAUGUUGUCAGAACAGUGUGAUAUGACUCCAUCCACCCACCUUGACUGCCAUCCUGAGGGGAACCUGUCCCACACUGCCUGCCAGAGUCGAGGAUGUUGUUGGAACGAUGUGGGUGGGCCGUCACCCACCUGCUUCUACCCUGCUAACUACCCCGCAUAUAUAGUAGUCCACAAGCAGAACUACGGGUCGGUGACCACCAUGCAGCUCUACAACAACGCCACGACACACUACCCCAACGAUGUUCACCACCUAGCUGUGUCCAUCGUCCACCUGUCCACUACAUCGGUCAGGAUCCGGAUAACCGACGCAACAUCUAAGAGGUGGGAGGUGCCUAUCAACGGUUCUAGCUUAAACUUCGAGACGCCAGACACAGAACAGACACAGAUGCCCGACACAGACAAAGACCUCUACACUGUAAACACUGCCGGACUACAGGAACCAUUUGCGUUCAACGUCCAGAGGAAGACUUCUGGAAGUGCAAUUCUGCAGACGCUGGGCCCUCUGUUGUUCGCUGAUCAGUUCCUGCAGGUGAGUUACCGCGUCCCCAGCACCUUUCUGUACGGGCUGGGCGAACACAGGGACACCUUCCUGCACAGCUUCAACUGGACCCGCUUCGUCAUGUGGAACCGCGGGACUCCGCCGGAGGAAGACAGGAACCUGUACGGCUCCCACCCCUUCUACCUGAUGAUGGAGGAGGACGGCAGCAGUCACGGUGUUCUCCUCCUCAACAGCAACGCCUUAGAGGUGAUGCUCCAGCCAGCCCCGGCCGUCACGUGGCGCACCAUCGGGGGGAUUCUCGACUUUUACGUGUUCCUUGGACCGGGUCCUGAUGACGUCAUCCAGCAAUACACACAGUUGAUUGGACGCAGCUUCAUGCCGCCAUAUUGGGGUCUUGGAUUCCACGUGUGUCGCUAUGGUUACAACACUGCCAACAGGACACGCUUGGUGCUUGAGAGGAUCAGGGAGGCUGGGGUUCCUGUAGAUGUCCAGUGGAACGACAUCGACUACAUGGAUGGUCUGAAGGAUUUCACGACUUCGCCAACAUUUGGCGACCAGGCAGGACUAGUGGAUUAUGUCCACUCCCUCGGCAUGCACUACGUCAUCAUCACGGAUCCCGGGAUAAGCAACACCCAACCUGCAGGCUCCUACGCACCAUAUGACCUCGGGAUGAAGAUGGGCAUCUUUAUUCGGAAUGCGGACAACGAUGAACCCUUGGUGUCAAAGGUGUGGCCCGGUGACACAGUGUUCCCCGACUUCACCCACCCCGACUCACAGAGCUACUGGACGAUGAUGGUCAGGUUGUUCCACGACAAGGUCCAGUUUGAUGGCAUGUGGCUGGAUAUGAACGACAUCUCCAGCUUCGUGGACGGCUCUGUGAGCGGCUGCCCUGAGUCCAACACCACAUACGACAACCCGCCCUAUCUGCCAGCUGUAUACGGCGACCUCCUCUACACCCACACCAUAUGCACGUCAUCACGACAGCACUGGUCCCGGAACUACAACAUCCACAACAUGUACAGCUUGACGGAGACCAAUGCCACCUUUCAGGCUUUGAAGGAAGUCAGAAAAAGGUCAUAUUUCUCGCUGUUCGGGGUGCCCCUUGUGGGGGCGGACAUCUGUGGCUUCAGGAAAAACACCACGGAGGCCCUGUGCCAGCGCUGGUACCAGCUCGGUGCAUUCUACCCCUUCUCCAGGGUACACAACUCCAAAAUCUCCAGGAGCAGCGGUAUGGGGACAGACCUCGCCAUCUGCUUCUUUGAGUUAGUGUCAGUAAUCUUCCAACUAAUCUGCUACAGCUUCUUUAAGACAGCCUUUAUAGAGCAGUUCCCGAGGGACAGAGCCACCUAUUCCGUCGACACCCAGUUCCUGUGGGGGCCAGCUCUCAUGAUACUGCCAGUGCUGACUGAGGGAGCAACGUCGGUGACAGCCUACCUUCCCGACACACUUUGGUACGACUUCUACACCGGAAGACAGAUACCCGUGCAAGGAAAUAGGACCGAGUUUGACGCCCCACCUGACGUUAUCAACGUCCUCGUGCGGUCCGGCUACAUCCUCCCACUGCAGGAACCAGCGACAACGACGGCACAGAGCCGACGCAACCCUUUCUGGUUGGUGGUGGCCCUGAACGCCACUGGGGGAGCUGAGGGAGAUCUGUUUUGGGAUGAUGGAGACACUCCAGAUGCCCACGAGCAGAUGCUGUUCAAUAUGCUGUGGUUUUAUGCAGCUAAUAGGCGAGUGUACUCCGAGCUGCCAUACAUCGGUCUGAAGCAGGAGACGAUGAUGCUGGGCAACGUCACCAUCUUCGGCGUGGCGACUACCCCCCUCCACCGUCACUGUCAACGGCAGGAGUGUCAGUUUCUUCUACUACACAAGCAAUAAGGUUCUGAUGGUACCAGACGUGCUCGUCAAUCUACUCAAGGUCUUCAGUCUGAGCUGGGACGUCUGAAUCAUUCAGAGUGACCUCCCCUUCCAAGUAGACCAGGCUUAGCAGAAGAGAACUGAAUUGGAUCUUACUUGCUUCAGUUGUGUCUCAUACUAAAAUAGGAACAUUUGCACAUAAAUAGCAUGAUUUAUACUUUUCAUAAUAAAACACAAUCAACCUAACU